GAUAUCAACGGCUUUUGCGCGCGGCCCGACAUUUUCCAGGAGGUGGUCGAUGUCUUUGCCGCGCGCUACCGCGGCAAGAUCGACUCGAUUGGCGGCUUCGACGCCCGCGGUUUUGUCCUCGGCCCGCCCAUAGCCCUGGCCUUAAAGGUGCCCUUUUUCAUGCUGCGCAAGCCGGGCAAGAUGCCCAACGCCAUCGGCUCGGGUGGGUAUGCUGUGGAGUAUGGCAAGCGGGAUGACCCGAAGAACAAGUCGACCGUCGUCAAGCCGGGCGACCGGGUGCUGCUGGUGGAUGACCUGGUUGCGACGGGUGGGACGCUCUCCUCGGGCGUGGAGCUGGUGCGCGCGAUGGGCGCCACCGUCGUCGAGUGCGCGUGCGUGGUCGAGCUC